CUGUUCUUAAACCCGAGUGAUGACUGGAAGAUUAUCACAGAGAGCAGUAAUCUUUCCUUUUGCCCCAGGGGUUAUGGCCCGACAUCAUUUCGUCUCUAUGAGACUCUUCAGCUAGGCACUAUCCCAAUAUAUGUCUGGGAAGACGAAAAAUGGCUAGCAUUUGAGGACAAGGUUGACUGGAACGAGUUUGCAAUUGUUGUGGAAUUCAAAGACAUACAACUGAUUCCUAAAAAGAUUGCUGAGGCCAAUAUCACGCGCAUGCAAGAGGCGUUGGCCAAGCACCGCCACAUGUUUACGUACGAAUAUACGGUGAAGUACAUAUUGGAAAGAAUCUCCCUUGAAGAG